UAUAAUUCUGCCGUUGCCUUUGCUUCGUUCGUCGUCCGUUCCGUAAUCGUCGUAGAAGACGACGCCAUUUUGAUGCUUGAUGCGUGUUCAUUGAUCGAUCCAGAGUUCUAUCAGUUGAAAUAUUAGUUUUUUGUGACUAAUUUCGAAAGUUACUAUAUUAUGGGUCGUGGAAGGGAUCGUAGUCGCGACCGGCGUCGUAGUCGCAGUAGAAGCAGAAGUAGAAGCCGUAGUCGCAGCCCACGCUAUGGAUUGGGGGGUGGUGGCGGCGGCGGCGGCGGCUAUGGCGGCGGUCGGCGAAGCAAUCCGGGGGCAAGUUUACGCAAACCAAAAUGGGAUCUAAACAGACUGAAACCUUUCAAAAAAGAAUUUUAUGUGCCUCACCCUGAUGUUGAAAAUAGAUCUGAUUCAGAUGUAGAAGCAUGGCGAAGUGAAAAUGAAAUAACACUGAAAGGUCGAGGCAUACCAAAACCUACAUUGACAUUUGAUGAAGCUGGGUUCCCAGAUUAUGUUAUGGAUGAAAUUGACAAAAUGGGAUUUUCUAAGCCUACACCUAUUCAGGCACAAGGUUGGCCUAUAGCUCUAAGUGGUCAUGACAUGGUAGGAAUAGCAUCAACAGGAUCUGGUAAAACUUUAUCAUAUAUCUUACCUGCUAUUGUACACAUUAAUCAUCAACCUAAGUCUAGCAGAGGAGAUGGUCCCAUAGCCUUAGUCUUAGCCCCUACUAGGGAAUUGGCCCAACAAAUACAAGAAGUUUGUGAUAAAUUUGCUAACACUUCAAAAAUUCACAACACCUGUUUGUUUGGUGGGGCUCCAAAAGGACCUCAAGCAAGAGACUUGGAUGCUGGAGUUGAGAUUGUGAUUGCUACGCCUGGAAGACUGUUGGAUUUUCUGGAAAGUGAAAGGACAAAUCUAAAGAGGACCACAUAUCUAGUACUUGAUGAGGCAGACAGAAUGUUGGAUAUGGGUUUUGAACCUCAAAUCAGGAAAAUAAUUGAACAAAUCAGGCCAGACCGCCAAACUCUAAUGUGGUCUGCAACAUGGCCCAGGGAGGUCCAAAGUCUUGCAUCUGAAUUUUUAAAGGAUUAUUUACAGAUCAAUGUUGGAUCCUUGUCACUGGCAGCUAAUCAUAAUAUUUUGCAAAUUAUUGAUGUUUGUAUGGAGUAUGAGAAAGAAACUAAAUUAAGCACACUCCUGAAAGAAAUAAUGGCAGAAAAAGAAAAUAAAACAAUAAUUUUUAUUGAGACCAAGAGGCGUGUUGAUGAUAUUACAAGAAAAAUGAAACGAGAUGGGUGGCCAGCUGUGUGUAUACAUGGUGAUAAAUCUCAAAAUGAACGAGACUGGGUGUUGCAAGAUUUCCGAAGUGGCAAAGCUCCAAUUCUUGUAGCUACUGAUGUUGCUGCUAGAGGAUUAGAUGUUGACGAUGUGAAGUUUGUCAUAAAUUUUGACUAUCCCAGCAAUUCGGAGGACUAUGUACAUCGCAUAGGAAGAACUGGCCGUACAAAUAAAACUGGAACCGCCUACACAUUCUUUACACCGUCCAAUGCAGCUAAAGCUGCCGAUCUUGUAUCAGUUUUAAAGGAAGCUAAACAAGUCGUCAAUCCUAAAUUACAAGAGCUGGCCGAACGUGGGGGAGGCGGUGGUAGACGCCACCGUGGUCGCGGUGGUCGGUACCGGCGUGGGGGCCGCGGCCGCUCGCGCUCCCGCUCGCGCUCGCGGGACCGUGACCGCGACCGCCGCCGCCGCUCCCGCUCCCGCUCACGAGACCGCCGCCGUCGCAGACAUAGCUCCUCACGAUCGUCACGCAGCAAAUCCUCGAGAUCUUCCAGAAGCCAUUCGCGAUCCAGAUCCCGCACGCGUAGCCGAUCUCGUUCAGGCAAGUGCAGCCCUCAAAAGGAAACUAAGGAUACCACGUCCGCCAAUCAAGCCUUACUGCCCACCCCGAAGCCGCUGCUACCUACGCCCGUCGGUCCCCAACUUCCUCCUCUCGACAACGCCAAAGGCCCGACCACUCCACCUACCAAUGAACCUCUUAACAAUCGAGUUCCCAACAAUAAGGUUUCCAAUAAUACUGAAAACGGUCAAGGGGAAUAUAUGCAACAACAACAACAACAACAACAACCACCACCACCUCCUCCCCCAAAUCAAAUUCCUCCUCUUAUGGCUAUCAAUCCACAGAUGAAUAUGUGUGUUCCCCCACCGAUGAACGGGCCGGGCGGGUUUAAUAUGAUGCCUACAUAUUAUCCCGGCGCGGAACAAUACGGAAUGAUGAUGCCUCCUUUCAAUCCUGCGGCCAUGAUGUCAGCAGGCGGGUGGUCGGCGCCCCCUCCUCCUCCCCCGCCCCCUCCUCCUUCGGACGGUAGCGCGACUCAUGGGCACCAGGGCUCGGGCGGGAACGGUCUCGAGUCAGAUUCCAGGAGACGAGGUCCUCGUCACGGAGGUCUCGGCGGGGACAGCUGCGGCCCGGGCCUGGGCUCGGGGCCCGGAUUGGGCUCCGGCGGCGGGCUGGGCCGCGACGCCGCGGCCGAUGACCGGCCGCGCGGCCGCGAUCGCCGGCGCCGAGGAAGAGGACGCGAGCACGACGAGUUUGACUCGCAAGGCUCUGGCGACGGCGGGCUGGGCUCGCCGGCGUGCUUCGCUUCUGGCGGUCCCGGUGUGCCCCACGGGAGCCAAGCGCCGCGCAAUCUGCCGCUCGCAGGCGGUGACCACAUCGGCCCGCAGGGCGCUAACUUCACCGCUUUCGGCUCGUACGGUCCCAGAACUAAUCAGAGAAAUAAUGAUCGUGGCCAAUUAACUAAUGGAAAUUAUGAAGAUGGUGGAUUUAGCAAUAUGAUGAACUAUUAUGGUCCUCCGAACAUGGGACCCGGCCGACCUUUCGGUGUCGACAUGGGCGGAAUGAACGGUGCGCAGGCUGCUGGCUCCGUGGGGUACAAUAAUGACCGCCAGAGGAAUCGUCAGCGGUGAAUAGCACAGAGAAAACGGAUACAAUGGAGAUUCCCGCCGUCGACGAAGGCGUUAAACAUCGAUGAAAUGUGAGGUUCAAUUAAGAACAACAUUUUAAAAAUACAAACGGAAAUUCAAAAUAAUGAAAAUUCAUUCCAUACAUGUAUUUACUAGCUUUGAUUCAUUAUUAUUAACGCCUCAUAGCUACGCCUAAACUGGAGUUUUCGUGUUACUCCUUCCAUCUCCCAAGUCCAUUUUAUUAUAUCAUUAUUACGUUCUUUACCUCUUUAAAUUUUGCUAAGUACUUUUAAUAGUACAAGAACUAAUUUUGCAAUGGAUAUUUCCAUUAUUUUUAGUACAUACAUUCAUUGUAUAUUACAUAAUAGGAUUAAGAAAGACAACAUGUAAUCAUUUUAGCUCCAUACAUAAUUCUGUUUAAAUAUUAUGUAUACUGAAUAAAAAUACAUUAUAUGUAAUACCACUAAUGUUUAUGUGUAAAGUAUGAAAAGGCCUGUUCAUAAAAACUAAAUUUAUAAAACUUAAUAUACAAUGGUGUAAUUUAACGCAGACAAAGAAGGGAAUAAUUCCAUGAAUAGAUAUUUGAAUGAUAAUUUGCAUAACGAUCAUUUUAAUAAUUCCCAUUUCUGAUUGAGGUUAUAUAAUACUUGUCUCAAAAACGUUAUAAAUUAAUUGUGUCAUGAAAUGCAAACAUGUAUUAGUACAUACAUCUCUGAGCUGAGGAUGUUAUGAAUCUUCCUAGCCAUUUAUUCACUAUGUAUGCAGAAGGUAUUAAAAUUUUGUAUAAAUUCAAA